UCGAACCAGUACCACCAAUUAACUAAAACAAAAACAAAGAAGAGGUUUCAUGAAAUACAGGCGUGCUGACAAUCUUUGAGCCAUUUGUAGGUUUUGUUCAAUCGAUCGCUCAUAGAACAAAAGAAAAUCACAAGAACAAGAAGAAUCGAAGGAGUGGGAAGUGCAUGAGGAAGCUGUGUCCGAACGUAGACAGAGACGAUGGUUUGGAGACGGUUUUGGAAAUUCCGAUACCAGAGGAGCUGUUCUCCGGUAUGGGCAAUAACGUUGCAUUGAGGUGUCAGAAUAUGAUGACGUGGAUGAAAGCUCAAACGUCUGAUAAAUUGUCGCAACCGCUAAUCGCUGCUCGUAUCAACGAGCUUCAUUUUUUGCUCUACCUCGUUGGAUCGCCUCUUAUACCUCUCCAGGUUCAAGUUGGUCACUCUGUUCAUAAGCCUGUCAAAGAUUCCUCCAUUCAAGCAUCGACGGCGAAAUACAUAGUGCAGCAAUACAUAGCGGCGACGGGAGGACCUGCUGCGUUAAACGCCGUGAACAGUAUGUGCGUUAUUGGGCAAGUGAAGAUGACGGCGUCAGAGUUUCACCAAGGAGAUGAUUCCAACGUUAAUCUUAAAAGCAACGAUGAAAUGGGUGGUUUCAUAUUGUGGCAGAAAGAUCCAGAUCUGUGGUGUUUGGAGCUCGUUGUCUCUGGAUGUAAAGUCAUAUGCGGUAGUAACGGUCGGCUUUCGUGGCGACAUUCUUCUAACCAGCAAACACCGUCGUCUACCGGUACACCGAGACCUCUCCGCCGUUUUUUACAGGGUUUAGAUCCUCGUUCGACCGCGAAUAUGUUCCUCGACGCGACAUGCAUUGGAGAGAAGAUUAUCAACGGCGAAGAUUGCUUUAUAUUGAAACUUGAGACGAGUCCGGCGGUUAGAGAGGCUCAAAGCGGUCCAGAUUUCGAGAUCAUUCAUCACACGAUAUGGGGUUAUUUCAGCCAGAGAUCGGGACUGUUGAUACAGUUUGAGGACUCGAGGCUUCUGAGUAUGCGGACCAAGGAAGGCGAUGUAUUUUGGGAGACGAGCGCAGAAUCGGUGAUGGAUGAUUAUCGGUACGUGGAUGAUGUGAACAUCGCUCACGGUGGGAAAACUACAGUUACGGUUUUUAGGUAUGGUGAAGCGUCGGCGAACCAUCGGAGACAGAUGACGGAGAAGUGGCGGAUCGAAGAAGUUGAUUUUAACAUUUGGGGUCUCUCGGUCGAUCAUUUUCGUCCUCCCGCCAAUUUGCUCACCGGAAACUGAUUUUUUGUUAUCCGUUCCAUUCAUUUUUUUUUUUUUUUUUGCUACUAGGUUUUAAAAGUAUCAUCAACCAGCGAGCCGGUGUAAUAAAUUAAUAUUGAUCUUGAUGACUGAAUCUUGCGU